AUGCAGAGGCUGAGCAAGAAGCAGGGGCCUUUGCAAAAGAUCUUUCGGUGGCUGUUGUGGCUCCGCCCCUGCAAAGACCCGAGACCUCGGGCCGGGAAGACAAGGCCGGCGAUGCCGCGGAUCUUCAGAUGGCUUGGCCUCUGCCUGCUCUGUGUAAGUGUUGCGCAGGAAGAUUUUCCCGAGGAGGACGGUGUUCUUGUGCUCACUGAGAAAAACUUCCGGGCGGCCUUGGAGAAGUACCACUACAUCCUGGUAGAGUUCUAUGCUCCAUGGUGUGGGCACUGUAAGCAGUUCGCGCCAGAGUAUGCUGAAGCGGCAAAGCAGCUAAAGCAGGCAAGUCAGCCUAUUCCACUUGCGAAGGUAGAUGCAACAGCUGAGCUGAAGUUGGCCGAGGACUACAGCGUCAGAGGUUACCCGACCAUUCGCCUGUUCAUCGCAGGCCGUGACCAGGAGUAUACUGGUGGCCGGACAGCACAGAGUGUUGUGACAUGGGUGCUGAAGAAAGCGGGUCCGCCGGCGAUCGAGCUGGAGACCGUUGAAGCCGCGAUGGCCUUCGAGAAGGAGAACAGGUUGACCACGUUGCUGGACGCACACCAAUCUGAGCUGGAGGUGGCGUUUGCAAGCGCCCCGGGUGCCGCCUCGGCAUCGAAAUCAGCUGCCAGCGUUGGAGGUGAGCGAGGUCGUCUUCCCACCAUCGCAGAGCAGGGUCAAAUUGGAGAACGUGUGGCGCUUGAUGGCUCCCCCGCGGAGGAGGAGCUUAACUUGGAACCAGUUUUCAUGGACAGGCAGAUGAGCCCGACGAGCCAGACGAUCGAAUCGAGCACCAACUCCAUGCAAUGGAGGAUGCAUGCUUCACUGGCAUCAAGCGACGGGUCCUAUCCAGCUGCUGCAGUUGGGGCGGUGCCGACGGAGAAUUCACGCAAUGUUGUGGAUGCAAGCCAAGCAGAGCCUCCGCAGCCCCCCCAAAAUUCUCAGUUUGGAUCCUACGCGGAUUUCUGUGCUGGCAUCCUCGUGAUACUGAGCUCCGUCAGCCAAGUCCUUGAACUGGAGCUUAAGGGGCGUUCUACAGCUGCGGCACUUGGCGUGGAAGGCGGUGCAGACUUCACAGACUACUUACACCUCUUUCGAUAUUCUAACUCCUUCUUUGACAUUGCCUUCCUAAUCGAGUGGGUCAUCCUCGUGGUCGUUUAUCGGAGAAAUCCCUGUAAGUCUGGGGCAAACGCCUUCGACACCUUUCUCAUGGCUGUCGGCUUGGUGGACUUGUAUUUCAACCUUGCCAUAUGGGUCGUGGUCACAGAGCUUGCAGACACAACGCUUACCUGGUAUGUCCUGCAGGCUGUGACGGCUCUGAGAGCAAUCCGCAUGCUGA